UACAAAUCACAGAGGUGGAGGUGAAAUUUACGCUUUUUCCUUCCACAACUCUGGAUUUCUUCCCCACCCCACCCUUUAUCUCUCUCUUUCUCACAUCUUCAAAACCAACACAAAAAUAUACCUAUAUAAAAAAAACCAAAAAAAAAAAAACCCUAAUUUCCUUUGCAAUCCAAAAAAAGGAAAAGAAAACUCUUUGUUUCUCUGGCACACCAAUCAACGCCCGGAUAAAUGAUCAGAGUGGAUGUAAUUGGAGCGGUUGGAUUAUCCAUGUAGAGAAUUUUUCAUUUAGAUAAAUGUUGUGUCUUAUUCAUCUACAGCCACCAUCCAUGUAGAGAAUUACUCCUGCAUUGGUGUUUCAGAUUUUAAUAAAUUGGAAAAGGAAUACUUAAUGGAGGCUAACAUUUGUGACAUCAAUCACUUGGAUGCCGAUGUACUUCUGCCUCCUCGGAAGCGCCUGCUAGCAGGAUUUAAGAAAAAGGCUUCAAAUGCAAAUGGUGCUUCAGAUCAGCCAACUGUUGUUUCUUCCUCCUCAUCUCCUCCGUCACCUUCACCUUCACCUUCACCUUCACCUUCAACCUCACCUCCUACUUCUUCAAGUGAUGUUAAUACUCGUCUUAAUAAUUUAUUGAGUUCCCAUUACAAUAACCCAAAUCUUUCGCCUGAGGAGAUUUUGGAGGGCUCGAGAGUAGCGGCUAUUGCUGCUGCUAAGGCUGCAGAGGCCGCCAGAGCUGCUGCAGAAGAGAAGGCUGUAAUUGCAGCUAAAGCUGUUGCUGCAGCUAAGAGUGCUUUGGACAUGGUAGCAACAUUUUCUGAAGACACAGUUAGUAAGGAUAGAUACCUAAAAAAGAAUAAGUUCAAGAAGCAUGUCCCAGUUCAACUUUUAUACAAAAAACACCAACCGAUUGAGAAUUCUAGGACGGAUGAAGAGUUAGCCCGUAGAUUGCACCAGGCAAUCAACAGUUCUCCAAGGAUCUCAAAGAAUUCACCAACAUCUGAAUGGAGAGGUCAUAAACAUAAAAGGCCUAAGAGCUUGGCAACUCUUGAGAAAACAAAGGUUUCCAACGCAGGUAUUGUGUUGGGAGGAAGCCCUUCUUCUAUAUGCAAUGGAGGUACAAGAGAAGGCGAAAUUGAUUCUGAUGAUUCCAUUAAGGAGUCUGUUAAAGCAGAGGCAAAGGGAGCCAAAUACAAAAAAUCUGGGCAGUCGGAAUUGGAUAGUGGUGGAGCGGACUCAAGCAAUUCAAAGGAAAAAGCUUGUGAAGAUGCGUAUUCUCCUGGUAAAAAGAGGGGAAGAGUGAAGCUAAAGAAGUUGCCCUUAAGCAUUUGUUCCUAUAGGGAUCGAGUGAAUCCCAAGGAAGAGAUGAUUACUAAGAGCUCUCCAUUGACGGAAAAGAACAUGGGUAAUCCAACGGCUGCUGUUAAGCCCUUGUUUUCUCUGGAGUCCUCUGCUGAUGAUGCUAUUUCAAUUGAAGGUACGCCUAUGUGGAAAUGCCAGGAUUUCAAGGCCCCUGCAUGUAUCAAACAAAACUAAGUCAUGCAAUCAUAAUGUUCAGUUCUGUUCUUAUAGCAGGUGGCUUCAAUGAUAGAAGCUAAUAGCUGAGUUAGGAUUCGCAAUUCUCUUUUUACAGAAAUGACUUUAUUUCAUUUAUCUUUUGGCACAUCUUUGGUUUUGUAAGGAAGUUGAAUUGACAGAAUGUAUAUUUGAAUGUUCAAUUGCUUGCCCCUACACUUUACUAAUA